UGCCAGCGGCAUGGCCAUUCACGUCCUCCAGGUCCACAAGGAAUCGGUCACCAAGGUGCCCAAUGCAAAACCUGGCAGAGAGAGUACAGAUAUUGAAAUAUAUGGAAUGCAGGGGAUUCCACCAGAUAUCUUGGCUGCACAUUAUGGCGAAGAAGAGGAUGAUGUUCCAUCAAAGGCAGCCAAGGUUGAUAUUCCACCAACUCAGCUUGUAGGUGGAAUGAGGCCACCUCCUAUGGGUACAGGAUAUCCUCCACGAUCAGCCUUGCCUGCAAUUCCACCAGUUUAUAAUCCAGCUGUACCCCUGCCACCAAAUGCUUGGGUGGUUCCGCCUCGACCACAGCCAUGGUUUUCACAACCUCCAGCUGUUUCAGUUCCUCCUCCUGCCCCAUACACACAGCAGCCAUUAUUUCCUGUGCAGAAUGUCAGGCCUCCACUGCCAGCAACUGCUCCAGCAGCACUGCAAACUCAGAUUGCUCCUCCUGGAUUGCUUACAUCUGCACCGGUCCCAGUUUCACAACCUUUGUUCCCUGUUGUUGGAAACAACCAUACAACGACCCAAAGUUCAACAUAUUCUGCUCCACCUCUGCCCUCAAGUGUUCCAUCAGUUACUCCAGUGAUGUCUACAAAUGUCCCUGUUGAUACACAUUUGAGUACCCACUCUUCUGUAACAAGUAGUUACCAGGCUAUAGGAGUUCCAGGUGCAGCAGCAAGUAAUUCACACACUUAUGCUUCUGGUCCAAAUACUGGUGGUCCUUCAAUUGGGCCUCCCCCAGUAAUUGCAAACAAAGCUCCUGCUUCUCAACCUGCCACCAACGAAGUCUACUUAGUUUGGGAUGACGAGGCAAUGUCCAUGGAGGAAAGAAGAAUGUCUUUGCCAAAAUAUCAGGUGCAUGAUGAAAGUAGCCAGCUUGCUGCAAACAAUCAACUUCGUGAUCUUUCAUCCCAGCAUAUGUACACCAUAAAAGACAUCAUUACAAUUUAUUUUAUGGAACAAGUGAAUUCAGACUUGGCACAGGUCAGCUUCUUUCGCAGAGUUUGGAUCUCUUGCAUAAGACCAUGCUGUAGAAUAUUCAGUUUAUUGUUGUAUUUGGGGUCCAUGAUUACAUGCUGAUCAUUAUUAUCAUUUUUUUUCAGAUGAGCUCCAUUGACGCAGCUAUAGACAAGAGGAUACUCGAAAGCAGGCUGGCUGGUCGAAUGGCAUUUUAGGUCAAUCCUGAUACAUAAAUUCUUGUCAAUUUUCUUCAGUGAUAUGGGCUCAAAACGGCAUUUUAAUAAGCUCGAAAGCGUGUGUUCAAGAUUCCUUUCCUUAAGAUCCAGCAAGUAAUACUGUUAUUGGUGCGAUUCUUUUGCCAAAAAGAGGAAUGGGCCCUACUGUCAUAGUGGAAUCAAAGGAAAAGAUUGAAAUUGGUCUCAUUUCUAACUUCUUAGGAAGUUGCAAAGCUUUUGUUUGUUUCUUAUUUCACACCUUUUUCUCCCUUUGAUAUUUGUAGUCAACCUUUAGGACAUGAUACUUAAAAGAGUACCGCAUAUUUAUGUAAUCUAGAUUAAAUGUGUUGGGUGGAAAUUUGACGGUAAUUAUUGGUUAUU